AUGUUCUGCAACUUGCAAUCUCUAGAAAUAAUGUCAGUCAUGCCCAACAGCGCAACUUUUAUGGCGCAAGCUAUGAAUGUUGAUAAUCCUCACCGUGAAACAUUCCAUAAGUUCUUCGAGUGUUGGAUCUGCAAUCAGAAUUCCUAUCUUGAAGAACUUGUCUCCGUCUCUAACAACCACAACCCAACCGAAAAUGACGACGUCGUACUGAUUCCAUUGAUCGAGAGAGUUGUCAGGCAUUACGAGCAGUACUACCAUGUGAAAUCAAAUUGGGAGAAACGAGAUGCGAUUUCGAUGUUUUCGCCUACGUGGCGAAGCUAG